CCGGUUUAAAGGUUGGCUUUCUCAAAGAAGGGUUUGAAGGUUGCGAGACUGACGUAGAACAGGUUGUCAAGACAACAGCUGAUGUACUCCGUAACGCUGGUGCAACUGUUGAAGAUAUCUCCCUACCGAUGCACAAAGACGCGAUGCCUUUGUUUCAUGCUCUGACUGAAGGGAUUUAUAUCCAGUCGUUUUAUGGAGGAAGUAUGGGAAAGAGUUUUUACCCUAACUCAAUCACUGACCACUACAGAAAAGCAAUUAAAGCAAGGCCCUUUGACUUACCAAUAACUCGUCAGGCAAAUGCCCUUUGGUGUGAAUUCACAAAGCGAUUCUACGAUGGCAAGUUUUAUGGAAAAGCCCAAAAUCUUUGCAAGGC